CGACGUCCCAUCGGGGAGUUUGGAGUUUGUAAACAAAAUUUAAUCUCGUCCCGAAUUUUUCGACGACGCUUCAAAAGUUCGUUAAUGUUUCCGAUCAAUCCAGUGGUUUUGCGGUGAUUUUGUGUUGUGUUGUGUGAUUAAAUAUAUUUCCUGGAGUAUUGCGUGCGUUGUGCAAUUGCUCCGCGUAAAAGAUGAGUAAAAACAAGCGCCGCUCGGGAGGAGCGGCGGGACAACCUCCGGCAGCAGCUCAGCAACCUCCGGCCGAAGCAAUGGAAGUGGACAUUGACGACGAUGCCAAUCUUUCCGAGGAUGAGGAAGGAGGAACCCGCGUCGGAGGAAUUUACAUCCCGCCUCCAGUUCCGCCGUACUGUUCGACGGAGUGCAAAGGGCCACGGUUAAUCAUCACGCACAUUUCGAACUAUAACUUCAAGAGCUACGCCGGACAUGUGAUGCUGGGACCGUUUCAUCAGCGCUUCUCGGCGAUCAUUGGCCCGAACGGAAGCGGCAAAAGCAACGUGAUCGAUUCGAUGCUCUUCGUGUUCGGUUACCGAGCGCAGAAGAUUCGCUCGAAGAAGUUGUCCGUUUUGUUGCACAGUUCGUCGAAACAUCCAAACACGAACAGCUGCUCGGUGGGAGUGCAUUUUAAGCAGAUCAUUGACAAGGAAGACGGUUCGUUUGAGUCGGUUCCGAAUUCGGAGUUUGUGGUAGCACGGACGGCCUUCAGGGACAAUUCUUCGUAUUAUACGGUGGACAAUAAGAGAGUACAUUUUAAGGAAGUGUCGAAGCUGCUGAAGCAGCAUGGCAUCGAUUUGGAUCACAAUCGGUUCCUGAUCCUACAGGGCGAGGUAGAAUCGAUUUCGAUGAUGAAACCGAAAGCGAUGACGGAGAACGAUUGCGGUCUGUUGGAGUAUCUGGAAGAUAUCGUCGGAACGACGAGGUAUAAGCAGCCUUUGGUCAAGAUUAACGAGCGUGUGGAACUGUUAAAUGAGGAACGAACGGAGAAGCACAACCGUUGCAAGCUGGCCGAACGAGAAAUGAAGGAUCUGGAGAAACCAAUGCACGAAGCUGUUGAGUACUUGAAGUUGGAAAACUCACUGACCAGAACGAAGAACCAGCAGAUUCAAAAGUACAUCAGUGAGCAGUUGAAAAAGAUAACUGAGCUGGAGGUGGAACGAGAACAAGCAGGAGGGAUCCUCAAAAAGCACGACGAGACCUAUGAGGCCCUGAAGAAGGAACGUGUCGAGAAGGAGCACCUGGUGAAAGAGGAAAUCAAGCAGUAUGAUGGGCUGGUCAAAAAGAAAGACGAUAAGGAAGCUGCCCUUAAAGCGUCUUUGGCCAACUACACUAAAGUACAAGCAAACAUGAAGGCAACCAAUGAACGACGUAAAAAGACGAAGGAACAAAUAGAGGCAGAGAAGAAAAAGCUUCUAGACUUGAAGGAAAUCCCUGAGAAGAACGCAAAGGAAAUUGCAGAAUCCGAGAAGAAGAUAGAAUCGUUGACCAAGCAAAAAGCUGACAUUGAAGCCAAACUGACGGAAAAUCUUGCCACACUAAAAGACGAAACCAAAGUCCUUUUGGAAGAGAAGGAAAAACUUCAAACGGAGUUGAUAGAUUUGAAGAAAGCGGUGGACGAUUCGAAGUCCGCUCUUUCAUUGGCCGAAUCUGAGUUGAAAAUCUGCCAGCAUAAUGAAACAACUGAGAAACGUAAACUCGAAACGCUGAAAUACUCCUUCGAAGAUUCGAACAAAAACUUCCAAGAAAAACAAGCGCGCCUGCAAGAACUCGAAAAGAAUCUCCCUCAACUUCGGACGGAUCUGCAAACAGCCAAGGCAAAGCUACAGGAAAACGUAACCGAAGAGAAGGAACUUCGCUCCCAGUUGCGAACCGUUCAGGGCAAGCUGCAGGAAUCGAUGCAAGCCGCACAGUCAACCCGGUCGCAGGGUAAAGUGCUCGAUGCGCUGAUGAAGCAGAAAAACGAAGGACGCAUUCCGGGCAUUCUGGGGCGGUUGGGAAACUUGGGCGGGAUCGAUUCCAAGUUCGACGUGGCCAUCUCCACCUGUUGCGGCCAUUUGGACUUCAUUGUGGUCGAGACGGUCAAUACGGCGCAGGCCUGUAUCGAUUAUCUGAAAAAGAGCGACAUUGGCCGGGCAUCGUUCAUUGCGUUGGAGAAGAUCCAACAGUAUCAGCAGUACUGCCACCGACAGAUUCAAACCCCGGAAAAUGUACCCCGCCUUUUCGAUCUGAUCCGCGUGGAGGACGAACGUGUACUGCCGGCAUUUUAUUUCGCCCUGCGAGACACGUUGGUGGCCGAGAAUCUCGAUCAAGGGCAGCGGAUAGCCUACGGUGCCAAACGGUAUCGCGUCGUUACGCUGGGCGGUGACGUGAUAGAAACAUCCGGUACCAUGUCCGGUGGUGGCCGUUCGAUGCAACGUGGCCGAAUGGGCACCAAAGUACAAACCAAGACCUCUGCCUCGGAUACACCCAAGUCCAACAAGGAGCUGGAGCAUUUGCAGGUGAGGGCCCAAGAAAUACAGUCGCAGAUCAACUUCCUGCAGGAACAGCAAGGAGAGCUCGAACAACAGAUUCAAAGGAUGGGUUCUCAGCUGAAAAAUCAGGAAAAUGAAGUCAAGCGUCUGAAGAUGGAUGUCACCAGCUUGGCCGAACAAUUGCCCCGACUGAAGGAUCAAGUCGAGCGACAGCAAGCGAGAGUGGCUCAAACUCAUUCUGAUCCGGAAAAGGUUCGAGCGCUGGAAGCUCAAGUGGCCGAAUGCAAAGAAACUCACACGAAGAGCAGCGAAGCCGCGAAUACCAUUCAGAAGCAAGUCGAUGGGGUAACGAAGAAAAUCAACGACAUUACGAACAGCAAGGUCAAGGAUCUGCAGACCAAAAUCAACAACCUGACGAAACAGAUCGACAAACUUACGACCAACAUUUCCAAACUAACGGUCGAGGUGAAAACUUCCGAAAGAAAUGUGAAGAAAACCGAAGACAAGAUCAAGAACAUGGAAGAGGAAGUAAUCUCCGCGGAGCAAGCCAUCCGAUCCGGGUGCGAAGAGCGGGAAGCACUGGAAAAGGAAGCCAGCGAUCUGAAGCAGGAAAUCGACGAGCUGAAGGUGGAAAUCGAGAAGGCUCAUGACGGUUCGUCGAGCAUCAAGAAGGAAAUCGUCGCCAUCCAGAAGAAGGAAGCCGAAGGCAAAAUGAAACGGCUCGAGUUCGAGCAGAUUUUGCAGUCGAUCGAGAAGAAGCUGAGCGAAGUGAAGGACACGAUUCCCCACUGGAAGAAUAAGCUCAAACCAUUGAAGUUGCACGAGAUCCCUGGCGAACCAGCUCCAGAACCCCUAAAGGAGUACACCGAAGAGGAACUCAACAGCUACAAACUCUCCGACCUGCAGUACCAGUUUUCCAUCCAGGAAGAAAAGCUCAACGCCAGCAAACCGAAUCUUUCCGUCAUUGAGGAGUUCCUCAGGAAGCAGGAAGCCUACUUGCAACGCGUAGCAAUACUGGAGGAGAUUACCGCCAAGCGAAACGAAAUGCGACAACUGUACGACGAUGUGCGUAAAAAGCGGUUCACCGAGUUCAUGCAGGGAUUCCACAUCAUUACGAAAAAACUGAAAGAGAUGUACCAGAUGAUCACGCUCGGUGGAGAUGCUGAGCUGGAGUUGGUCGACUCAAUGGACCCGUUCAACGAGGGUAUCGUGUUUAGCGUGCGACCCCCGAAGAAAUCCUGGAAGAUGAUCUCCAAUCUGUCAGGAGGCGAGAAGACACUCUCCUCAUUGGCGCUGGUUUUCGCCCUACAUUAUUACAAGCCAUCGCCGUUGUAUGUGAUGGACGAAAUCGAUGCCGCGUUGGAUUUCAAAAACGUUUCCAUCGUAGCUCAUUACAUUAAGGAACGAACGAAAAACGCCCAAUUCGUUAUCAUUUCGUUGCGAUCCAACAUGUUCGAGCUGUCCGAUUACCUGGUAGGUAUCUACAAGGUAACCGAUUGCACCAACUCGGUAACGAUCGAGAACGAUCCACCCAAAUUCCAUCAUUCAUCGACGCAGCAGCAAUCGCAGUCGUUCUUCAAUCCCAACUUGAGUCUCCAGUCUGAUCUUGUGCUGGACCAAUCGUUGCCCAAGGAUGAGAAGACAAAAACGGAGGACUCUUUGCAGAAAAGUGAUUCUCAAAAGGAAAACAUACCGGAGCCUUCCCCCGUGUCCCAGCAGCCGAUGGAGGUCUCAGUGGAGGCCAAUUAAAGAUAAGUUAUUGUACUCUACUGAUGUACUUCGAUGUUUGUAUUUAAUUUCAUUUUCAUUCAACAACACUGACUACUAUUAAAUGUGUGCUAGUGGGUAGGACAACAACGUUCACAAUUCUACAAACAAUUAACGACAUUUUGUGUGACAAGGAAAA